AUGGGCGCUCUGCCCAAAUGUGAUGUAUGCCAGUACCAUCAUUCCCGCCAAUGCAGGUUAAGGAAAUGUGAGUCUUGUGGGAAGACUGGCCAUUUGAAGGAAACAUGCUGGGCUAGUACUGGUGCAGGUCGUGGUGGUCAGAGAGGUUAUGGAAAUGGUAAUGGAAACCGCCCGCAAGGAGGAAAUGGCGGAAAUGGUAAUCAUGGAAAUGUUGGGAAUCAAGCUGGUAACCGGGGAGCAAACAACAAUCGAGGUGGUAAUGGGAACAGUAAUGGUCGAGGACCAGGUUGUUUUAAUUAUGGAGACAUGGGGCAUUUCAAGCGAGAAUGCCCAAAGCUCAAUCAAGCACAAGGAAGGGUUUUCAACAUCGGCGCGGGGGAAGCAUGCCAAGAUCCAAAUGUGGUUACUGCUAGUAAGUUAGACAAUCUGUAUUCGAUAGAACUAGCAAAUGGAAAGCUAGUAAAAGCAAAUGAAGUCAUCAGAGGUUGCGUGAUAGAACUGGGAGAGCACGAGUUUUCGCUUGAUCUUCUGCCCGUCGAGUUGGGAAGCUUCGACUCUUAG